ACUUCCUUGUUUAUACGUGUACUAAUUAAUAAAUAUACUGUCUAUACAAGUCAGUGUAACUUCUAUUUAUUUUAGAGAAAAAUAAGUAAAUGAAGAUAAGGGAUAAAACGUUCGUUCUUAUGUGCUUUUCCUUGGUGAUAUUCAAUGUUGAUAUCACUAUCUGCAUACAAAACUCAUGGAACUGGUUUGAAGCUCAACAACAUUGCAGCAAUUCUAAUGAUACCCUGAAAACCAGUGGUGUAAUUCUGAACUCUGUCCAGCACUGGACUGGUGUUUACCGGCGAUAUUCACCCUGGAUAAAACUUUUAGGUUGUUAUGAUUCUAAAGUUGUCAAUGAAUAUGGAACGAACAACUUUUAUUUCAACGUAACAUCAGCAGGUUUUUGUCAAGAGAUAUGUGCAUCUGUAAAUUCCACUCAUUUUGGAAUUCAGUUAGGAGAGUGUGUCUGCUUUGAAGGCCCCGUUUUUGCAGAGACCAUAUCAUCAGAUCAGUGCAACAAAUCAUGUUAUGAUGUUAGGGAUGAAGGGGCCAUUAACCUUUUUGAAUGUGGAGGACAGAAUGCAUAUACUUUAUAUACUUCAGAAGCCGACAAAGAAAAUAGAGGGGCAACAUGUCUUGCAGUAAACUGUGGUGGUUCUCUGCAGGGGUUUUCAUACUCUUCGAAUUGUUCCGAGUCAUACUUUGGAGCCUGUGUCUAUAAAGAUUAUCUAGGAUGUUUUCAAGACCAGCCAAACCGAACCUUAUCUGGAAUCAACCGUAUGGGGGACUAUAAACUGACUGUAGAAAGAUGUAGAGAUUUUUGUACUGACUACCAAUUCUACGGAGUUGAGUUUGGUGGACAAUGCUUUUGCGGGAAUUUUUUUACAUCAUUUAUCAAAACGCCUGAAAAUGAAUGUAAUAUGAAAUGCAAAGGGGACACAAGGCAAACUUGUGGUGGUGCCAACCGGAUCAACAUCUAUAGUAAUCUAGACUACGAGACAGAGAUAACAACAAACUGGACAUCAUCAAUGCAGAUUUGUAAAACAAGGUCUCCCUCGUCUUAUUUAAUUGGAAACGUCUCCCUGACUGACGCCACUUUGGCAUGUAAACAAUUGCAAAGGAAACAGAUAGGGCUAUCCUGGCUAAGCAUCGCAAAAGAAGUGUAUACUGGGUAUGAUCGAGGUGUUGCUGUUGAUAUCGAUGAAAGAGAAACAUUUCAUCAGUGCCAAUUAUGUAACCAGACGGGCUGUUAUUUUAGUGAUUGUUUUCAAGAGCUGAAGUAUUUUAUUUGUGAAAAGGAUUCGGGUAUUCCAAUACCCCAAAGUAGAGCAACAAAUUCAAACAUAAAUUUCCAUAUCAUCAUUCCUUUAUCCUUAGUCGCCCUCCUUCUUUUCUGCUGCCUGGUAAUGGGAAUCGUUUGCUAUAAACGCCGGAAGUCAAAUCAAAAGAACAAGAAGACCGCACAUCAUCUUGCAAAUCCUAAUGAAAAUUACUAUGCAAAUGAAACUCAUGCGAGGAACAUGUAUCAUGAUACUUAUUCUGAACGGAAUCCUAAAUCAGACAAUUCUGAACAGGUCAAUGAUGACAUUUAUAAAGAUUCAAUGGACGGUGAAUAUGACCAUCUGAGAGGUAUUGAGGCAAGGAGACAGAAGCCGGAGAACGUUUAUGACCAUGCUCCAGUUGUAACAGAGCAAGAAUACGCUUACGGAGGAUAUAACGUCAGUAUUGCAGGAAAACAACAACAGUUAGAAAAUACUUAUGACCACAAUGCGUCUUUUUCUGAUUAUAGGCAAAGUAAUAUUAAUGAUAAUGAAGGACCGAAUGCAAUAUACGACAAUUGUUCUCGAGUCCAUAAAGUGAAUUAAAGAUACUCUGCGUAAAAUUACCACGUUAAUACAAUUUCUUUGUAUAUAUUAUUAAAACAUCGUGCUUAUUUGAAUUAGGUUUUAGCUCAGUAGACCAAUAGACAUACUCUAUUUAUUAAGUUUAUCACAUUUUACAUUGCUUUCUUUAAGAAAUUCAAGUUCUAUUAUAAAUAUUUAAUGAUUAGAUAAAACUUUUUAAAAAUAAAAUGUUUUACAGUCAAUGUAUUUGGGAUCUGCAUGCGUCCGUUUACCUCUCAAUAGUUUCUUAUUUGAGCACAUUCCCAUGCGGUUACACAUUGACUUAAUUUUGCCUUCAAUAGUGUAUGGUAAAACGUAUUCGUAGGAACAAUCAAUUUAUAAGAAUAUGAGAGGAUUUUUUAAUCAUUUAAAUCAUAAAGUUUGUCUUUUUAUCUGAAUGUUUUUUUUUCAUCUAAGUUUAAUUUGUUCUGGAGAUAUGAAAUACCAAAUAAAUGCUUU